AGCAUCCCCGCGUCGGCUCCAGUGGGAUCCCUGCUCCUCUCCCGAGCCAGAGCAGCCCCAUAACUUUGCUAUCCCUCCUUCAAACAAGCCACCAUGAGCAGGCAGGCGCCCACGGUGAGAUCCGUCCUGGGACGAAGAGGUUUCAGCUCGGCUUCGGAGAUUUGCGGUCGAAGCUACGCCGCGUCCGCCAGCCAACCUGCGCGRUGCGGAGCGGGUGCCUACAGCAGCAGGAGCGUCUGCAACCUGGGYGGCAGCAGGAGGAUCUCCUACGGCACCGGCUGCUUCGGGGACAUGGGAUUUGGAGGAGCGGGCUACGGGAACGUUGCGGGAGGAAGGAUGGGGUUGUGCGGUCCCCGGGGAUACAGCAUCGUGCGGGGUUACCCCGAGCGYAAAGCCGACGGCAUCCAAGGCAUCUGCAUCGAUGAGCGGCUGCUGAAGCCACUCUGCGUCGGGGUGGACCCGCUGGAACACGAGAUACGCUGCCAGGAGAAGGAGCAGAUCAAGACGCUCAACACGCAGUUUGCCUGUUUCAUUGAUAAGGUCCGAUUCCUGGAGCAGCAGAACAAAGUGCUGGAGACCAARUGGGGCCUCCUGCAGCAAUAUGUGCUGCCAAAAAAAGGGAAAAACCUGGAAUUGUACUUCGAGAAUUACAUCUGCGACCUGCGGAAGCGCCUGGACUGUUUGCUGUGCGAAAAGCAGAAGCUGGGCAGYGAAGMAUGUGCCACGAGCCAGCUGGUGGAGGAGUUCAAGUGCAAGUAUGAAGAGGAAAUCAACAGGCGCACAACUGUGGAGAAUGAGUUYGUGGCACUCAAAAAGGAUGCAGACUGCAUCUUCUUGAACAAGGAAGAGCUGGAGGUGAAGGUGGAUCUGCUGAGGAGGCAGCUGGAGCUGCUGAAAUGUGUGUUUGAGGAGGAACGCGCUCAGGUCGAUCGCCAGCUCUGCGACACCUCGGUCAUCGUCAAGAUGGACAACAACCGGGACCUGGACAUGGAGAGCAUCAUCAAGAACGUCGAGUGCUGGUACCAGGAGAUCGCCCAGAAGAGCAAAGAGGAAGUCGAUGCUUUCUACCAGACCAGGUUUCAGGAGCUGCAGGACAAGAGAGGGAAAUACUGUGAUGACCUGCAGAGCAACAAGUGUGAGAUUUCAGAGCUGACCCGGAUGAUCCAGAAGCUGCAGUGUGAGCUGGAGAGCGUCAAGAAGCAGGUCUCCUGCCUGCAAACCUCCAUUUGUGACGUUGAGCAGCGUGGGGACUGCGCCCUCAAAGAUGCCCGGGAGAAGCACAUCGAGCUGCAGAACGCUCUGCAGAAGGCCAAGGACGAGCUGGCCUGCAUGCUGCGGGACUACCAGGAGCUGCUCAACGUCAAGCUGGCCCUGGACAUCGAGAUUGCCACCUACAAGACUCUGCUGGAGGGUGAAGAGAGCAGGAUAUGUGUGGGCAACCCCGUGAGCGUGUGUAAGUACUGCACGUUUUCUACCAUGAAGAUUUCUUUUUUUAGGGAAGAUACCUUUGGGAGCAGCAUUAUCUCUUUACCCCAGAUCCCUCUGCCUCCCUUUUCCCGUUCUGUAAAGUUAAGCCCCAGAAAUCUCAAAAACCUCCAAAGUUUAAAAGAAAUAAUCAGCUUUUGGAGUGAGGGGAGAAGGUCAAAUUCAAGACCCUUUUUUACUUUUGGAGGUAACAGGGAGAUGCUCUGGUGACCACGGGAUGUGUUUUGAAUUUUGAAGGGAACACAGCACCAUCAGCAUGGGAAGGGGAGGGACACGAGGAGGAGCUGGAAGGAGCAGGGGCUCGGGCACAGAUCGGG